AUGCCAGUAUCUUUGACUUCAAGCAAUUAUUUAUAUAAUUUAGAAAUACCUCAUGUAUUACUUGAUACAGGUUCAGAUGGGUCACAUAUUUCUAGAAAUAUCGCAAACCAUUUUAUAAAAUAUUUUGGAUUUAAAAUAGACAGAAAAAAAGUUUAUAGACUAACAGAGGCAGUAGGAGAAAAACAUUCUAUUGAGACCUUUUCAGAUAUUUCUGUUACUAUAGGUAUGGAAAAUGAUACCUUAACAAUUUCAGAUGAGUUUUCAGUUUUACCAACAGAAAAAGAUAAUAAUGAUAAUGAUAUAUUAUUAUUUAUUCUUGGUACUAGAUAG